GUGAUGUGAUGUGAUGUGAUGUGAUGUGAUGUGAUGUGAUGUGAUGUGAUGUGAUGUGCUGUGAUGUGCUGUGAUGUGAUGUCCUGUGAUGUGAUGUGGUAAUGUUUUUGCAGCAACACUAUCGCUAUCCGAGCCCGCAGCCGAGUUAUUGCUCUGUCCGCGGCCGAGCCCGGCAUGUCCAGACCAUCAUGUGCAUCAUCCCCUUGUGGGACGCUGCCCGUCAAACAAACAAGUCGUCCUCGCUCGGCUGUUCUCUGCCCUCUCCACCGAUCUUGCCCCCGUCCGUCGGCGACUCCCGCAUUCACCACACCGCCCAUCCCCCCCCCUUUCCCAUCGCUACCGCCGUCUGCCGGAGCCUCUCUUGACCUCCGAGUCUCACUUCGAACCUCCCCCCCCCUUGGUCUGUCGAUUGAUCAAGCCAUGGAUUCGAUUCACUUUGCCUGUCCCUGCCUCAACAUCAAAGGCCGACUUGUCGGCGAUCCCCUCGCACGGCCGACGGCCACCUGGUCCGUCGCUCAGGCACACCCCACCCUCGCGGCCAACGGCAUCCCUGACUUUAUCGCUAAUGCCAUCCCGGCGCUGCUGUCACCUUCUCCUGUUGCCGUGGAAUACGAGGCUCUGAUCAAGCGACAUAUCAUCGGCGAAUGGCAUGGCGUCGAGUGCCUCAACUGCUCGACCAUGGUCGCAUACUAUCACAACUCGGUCGCCCCGAAGCCCACCAACAUCCUGCCCGUCGAUAUCGACUCGACUGCCAGCCCCGCCACCGCGACUGGCUUUGGGGCCAUACCACUGUCGCUCAUUUCGUCGCUCGAUACGAGCAACCUCCUGGCGAGCAACGGCCACAUUCUGAUCACCAAACAAGUCAUUAUCGGAGACGAAGUCACCACCCGAGUGCUCAACUCGAACUACAGCAUAGCCUACAGAGUGCUGACCGGCCCUGUUCCCGAAUCCGAUCAAGUGCCCUGCCACACGCCAAGCUUGGACCAGGGUCUUGUCGUGAUCCACAAUGACCUGCAGCGGACCUUGCAGUCGUACUUUGCCAUCCGACGAGGGGAGAUGGAGUCUCGAAUCGCCAACUUCCAGGCCGAGCAACGCCUUGAGUUCCAACGCGACCAGCAGCGGGCCGAGGAACAGCGACAGAUCAUCUGGUCCAAGAUCUAUAAGGCACACGUAACCGGGGCCAACAACCUCAAGCUGGGCCUGCGUCCUCCAGCGCCAUCGACGGCCUCGGAUCACCUAUGGCACGCCAUGGACAACACUGGAGCGGCGCUCGGUUCCUCGGCGGUCUCGUCCCACUCGAACCUGGCACUGGAUGCUUCAGGCAGGAACUUGGCGGGAUCGCACAAGUCAGUGUCGCUGCUCAGCCAGUCGGUCGCCAGUCAGCAGCAACAGCAGCAACAGCAACAGCACGUCAGCUUUGCGGCUCCCUCUGGCACAACCGAUCCGCUCGAUACCAGCAGACAGGUCAGCUCGUCGUUUGUGGCGCGGGAGAAACGCCUGGAAAAGCUCGCGGCCAACCCGCCAAGUGCCCUGGCCACCAAAAUCGCCAAGGCAUCCGGCGAGGAGCCAGCCGUGGCCUCGACCCCCCCGCAAAAGGUCAAGUUUGUCGUCCCAGAUGCCCCUGCCACCGCCGGGCUUGGGGUCCAAGCUGCUCAGAGGAUCCACAUGGUAUCGCCCGGACCAGGUGUUGGCCCUAGCUUUUCGAGCGACGAUGCGAGUGAAAUGUUCUCGUUUGACGAAGCACCUCGGCCGCCGAUCUUGGUCAAGUUCCAAGCGAACGAGCCCUACGACGACGAGGAGGAGCGACCGCUGGCUACUGCAAGAGAAGAAGCCGGCACCGAGCCCGUCUCGGUUUUGAGCACAUCCUUCCCGAUUUCGAUCCCGCGAUCGCUCAGCAAGAGCCAUAACGGCAAGAAGAGCUAUAUCCUCGGAGCCGACGGCAAGAUGAUUGACGAUGGCAACGGCGGUGCCGGGGUCAUUCUUUCAGAGACCGAAGACAACGACGAGGAAGGCGAGGCCCGCCGUCGAAGUGCGUACAAGGCGCGGAUGACGGAGGAUUUGGACGUUUCCGACUCUGAAGACGGCGACGCAGAGAAUGACGACCUUGAGCUCGAGCUCGAGCUCGAUGACGAUACCACUGCUGGUCGAGAGGGCGCCGGGCGUAAGAAAGGUGGAUCGUCCUUUGUGGCCCCGCACAUUCUGAGCGCACGGACCUAUGAAGAGGCCGGCUAUUACCUGGGCAAGGGUGCGCCGGGAUCGAGUCGCAAGUACAGCGUCGUCUGAAGGAAACGAGAAUUGAUCGUUCGUCGAGCAUGGCAGUUUGCCUGCUCCUCAUUCCUUUGCUUCUACUUCGCUCUCCCUCCUCUCACUCUCCCAAGCAUUUCUGGUCCGCGAGAAAUGCGUGUAUUCUGGACGACAAAGGCCCUCGUCCUCUCUCACUCUCACUCUCACUCUCACUCCGCCUUACCACCUUCGGCUCGUUCCCUCCGCUUUGCCAUUUGGGCAGCCUUUCGCCGCAACUGUUUGCUUUCUGGCUUUGACUCUUGACAGUGUACCACCCAGCCCCCUGUGCGAAAAUAUCAGCGCCUAGAAAACA